AUGGAAACGACGACGACGGAUAGAAUGGAAAAAAAAAACGGCGACGGUGAUGACUCAGCAGAGGAGGAAGAUUCAGAAGAAGAAGAAGAGUACCUCCCGUUCCACAUCUUACCGCACAUCCGAGAGCGAUUACUACUCCUCUACCUCAGUGUUGCCGUGAUUUUACUCCGCGGAAACUACUGGUCUAGGUUCAACGCCUCCGUCGCUUUGGAAAUGUAUUUCGUGGUGUACGUGUUGCUGAGGUUUGUGUUACCCGUGGUGGUUGAACUCGCGCGGAUGGGGUGGAGGCGAGCGAAGAAGACAAUUCUGUUUAGUGGAUGGAUGAGGAAGAGUAUAAAAAAGAAGAAAAAGAACUCGGAGGAAAGGAUAAAGCAUUCGAGGAAAAGAGCAUCAUCGCGUUGCGGUACGAACAGCAACAACGCGAGCUUAUUGUUGAGACGCUCGAUCGAUUUAGGAUCGAGGGAUUUCAUUCAACACCAUUCGUCGUCGAGCGACCAGACGACGGUUCUUCUCCGAGUGGACAAACAAAAGAGCUGGACGAGCGGUAGUGCGAGCACGACUGUUCCGAAAAUGUCCUUGAAUCUAGCCGGUAUUGUUAACGAGACGCAUAAAAACGCGUUUGUAGAAUCUGUGGUUGAAAAUAACAGCGGAAGGAAGAAUAGCGCGGCGGAUUUAACCGAACGCGAGGACGUCGUUUGGGAGAAGAUUCACACCGGGAGCAUAGAAAGUGCGAAGAUGCCCUGCAGAUACAGAAUGUAUUGCUCGACGUCCACCUCUUCUCGCGCGCACGGGAAGCACAUCGCGCGGAUCAAAACAGAAAUAGCCAUCGAUAACAUCGACGCCGAUGUCGUGGCGAAAGUGCAACUAGAUGAGCACAGACGAAACGUUUGGGGCGAUUCCAGCACGACGAGUAGAAUUUUAGCGAGAGAUGAAGAGAAAGAGUGCGAUUUGAUAUUUUGGCGCGUUAAUUACCCUCGAUUGAUGGCACCGAGAGAUUACAUCGGCAUUCGGCGCGUCUGGCACGACGAAGUGACUCGGUCGACGAUUUCCGUCUGCGUCGACGCCAACGGAAGCGAAGAGGCCUAUAAGAAAAAGAAACACACGCAAGUACAAUUAGGCGGAGGUGGGUACGACGUGCAACAUUUAUACGCGGCGAGUUUGAUUCAGCCAAAAUUUGACGACGACAUGCCGAGAGGGAAGAAUGGUGAGAAGGUUGAAAAUGGAGCGAUGUUGGUUUCCACGUAUUGCGAAGCGCCGGGCGUGCCGAGGAAGUUAGUCCACAUGACCGCAGCGAAAGGUUUGGAUGAGUAUAUGCUGUCGUUUCACAGAGAGUUGAGAAGGGAGAUAAGAAUGCGGAAACGCCUGGAGAGAGAGGGUGGCAUACAAUCGGUGAAGAGUUUCGACAGCACGAACAGUUUAGGAGAGCCAGGAAACGACGCGAGUUUGAACAAAAACAACAACAACAACAACAACAACAACAACAACAACAACUACGGCGGGGAGAAAAAUAGUAAUAAUAAUAAUAGCGAUACGGACCUAGUAGCAGAACGCGGGCAACAACAACAACAAAAGCAACAACAUCAUCUCUUCGACGAUGACCCGGACAUCGUCGACGAAGAAGAGCGCGCCGAGCGCCGCCGCCUUCGCGAAACGCCUUUACACUUGCGUCGAAACGCUCGAUUUUUACGGAGCAUGCUCCGAAACGGCCUUCGCAAACUCGCCAAUCGACUCGAAGAGAAGGAAGAACGCGAGAAAUUGAAAUUCCAAGCCGCGGCAUCCUUGACCGAUAGCGAAAAAGAGCGAGUGCGAACGCGUCAGGAAAACAGACAGAAGAGAAGGGUUGCAUUGAAGCAGUGGACGAAACGAACGAUUGGCGUUGGUGUCGUGUUUGUGGCGAAGGUUUUGAAAGACGGGAAAGAGGAAUAA